GCAGAGCUUGCAGCAGCAAUCCAACACAGCUGUCUCUACUACUACUUCCUUCUUCUUCUUGUCGUUGUCUGUGUCAAUGGGGAGCUGCUCACGCUGCCCUACUCUCCCUCUCAUCCUCCUCUUCCUGGGACUGAUAUCCGUAGCUCAAGUUGCACUCGCCGGACGUAAAGUUCCGGCCAAUUCGGACACGAAGGAGACCGAGUUCCUCGGCCAUGAAGGCACUGUACUGAUUCCUGGUAUCGGGCGGUACAUGAUCGGCAGCCAUGAGAUGCCUGGAUUCCGUGGUUUAGACCACAGCAUCCCAGCUGCAGCUACUGGCAAGUAUCUUCCUGGGAACGAUGACACCUUUGUUCCCAACCCCGGGUAUGAGGUCCCCAAUCCAUUCCGCGGAGUGAUCCCAUGAGAGCAUGCAGCAGAGUUGUAGUGGACUGCUAGCUUUGAAUAAAACUGGUGAAGCUUCUUCACCACUGCUUCUGUUGGUGAUCUCUGGAAUUCUUAGAUUGUGCUUGAUGGUUUUGGUUGUAGAGAGUGAAAGAGUCAUUGGGUUCUGUUGAUGAUCUCUGGAAUUCUUAGAUUGUACUUGAUGGUUUUUGUUGCACAGAGUGGAGUCAUUGGGUGACUUGUAGUUCAUGGUUUUUACCUGUAUCAAUCACUGCAUCGAGUAGCUGCUGUACUUUUCCUUCAAUUGCCUGCAUGCAAGAAGUAGAGUUCAGUUCAAAAGUCAA